UGUACCAUCAUCCUCGAGGCCAGUUCCGAAGCCAGCGAGAAUGGCAUCCUCGUCAUCGCAGCCACAGCAAGUCAAUGUAACGGAUCUAGACCUGUCACAGCUUGCCGAGGUCCGGAGGCAACUGGAGGAGGAACUGAGUCACCUCACGAAUUCCUUCACACAACUAAAACAAGCACAAGCGAAGUUCAAGGCCUGCAUCGAUAAUGUCGCAGAGGUGAAGCAGGAGAACAAGGACAAGACAAUCCUUGUGCCGUUGACAAACUCGUUGUAUGUCCCUGGCAAGCUUUCCGACCUGGAAAACGUCAUAGUAGAUGUGGGAACUGGGUACUACGUGAAGAAGUCACGCGCACAAGCGACAAAGCAUUAUUCGGCGAAAGUGGAGUACAUCCGGACGAAUCUGGAGACUCUACAGGACACGAUACAAAAGAAGCAGGAGAAUUUGAACUACCUUGUACAGAUCAUGCAGGCGAAGCUACAGGCUCAGGCAACGGUAAAGGAAUCCAAGUGAUGCUACCGCACCUCGCUGUAACCUGUUAGAUUUGACCAUUGAGAGCCUUGCGCGACAUGCUCUGUCAGUCGCCGAGGAAUCUUGAUCUGGGAUUAGAUCUUCCUUGGUAGCAUGCACUGCCUCGCAUCAGCUCAGCUGCCGAUUCCUCAACGACGCUGUGUGCAUUUGAGCUAGAUACAGUGGUAUGGAGACGACAUAGCUACUCACAGAUAUCAAAUAUCGGCUUGCCACAUCGUCACGAACGAGUCCUGUUCAGCGCAUUGCAGCUCCAGC